GACAGUGACACCACGUGAUUAUAAAGACCAAUCAAAAACGAUAUUGACGUAACUGUAUACAAUGUCAAAUAAUACUUAAACGUUUUAUUCAAAUUUUUACACGUUUAAUUUAUAUUAAUAAAUAACUGUUGUUAUUAUUAUAUUAUUAUAAAGUUAUCUGUGACCUUCAACGCGCGCUUUUUAGAUCUACUGUAUAAAUAACACAAAACACAAAAAGUGUGCUUCCUUUCUUUUUUAACCAAACUUCGAGUACCGAACGAGUCGUAUUUAUACACAACCGUGAUGAAUAAAUUAAAAUAUCCAGUAAAACGCUGGUUUGUGUUCGGUAAUAAUUCCGCAUGUGAUUUUAAUCGUUCUUUCAAUAAAUAAUCCGCGAUCAUUUAUCUAAACGACAAAUGCAAUAAAUACGAGGUGAGAUGAUAAAAAUAUUUUAGUCCCUAAUAAUACGGUCAAGUGAAAUAUGGAAACUGUGAUAAUCGACAAAAGUGCCGGAAUUAAAUUAAAUGACGUAGAAAGUAAUGUAAAUAACGAACAGACUGAUGAAAAUAAAUCCGUUAUACCAGAUGGAGGUUAUGGGUGGAUUGUACUGUUAGCUACGUUUCUAAUAUACGCCAUUGCUGAAGGAAUUAGCUUCGCUUUCGGUCUUUUAUUCGUUGAAUUUUUGUAUGAAUUUAACGGAUCCAAAUCUGCCACUUCGUGGGUAGGGAGUCUGUUUGUUGCACUUCCACUUAUAUCAGGUCCAGUUUGUAGUACUCUCGUCGAUAAAUAUGGCUGCCAAAAGAUGUCUAUCUUAGGUUCUGCGAUAUGCGCUUUGGGAUUUGCCCUCAGCGCCUACGCGAAGAAUUUGGGUUUGUUGUAUUUAACGUUCGGAGUAUUAGGAGGGCUUGCCAGAGGACUUUGUUACAUAACCGUAGUUGUUACAAUAACUUAUUGGUUUGAAAAACGGAGAUCGGUAGCUUUGGGUAUAUCGGCGAGCGGUACCGGUUUCGGAACUAUAGUUUUCGCCCCUUUCACCAAUUAUUUAUUAUACGAAUACGGUUGGAGAGGGACAGUUUUGAUACUCGGCGGUUGUUUGGCUCAGAUGUGUGUUUGCGGUGCCCUAAUGACCGAUCCUAAAUGGGUAGUAGAAGAAGAAUUACAGAAAAAGAAGGACUCUAAACGGAAAGAAAAAGUUUUAGAGACGAAGGAAUUAGAAGAAUUGUUACCUAAUAAAGAGAAAAAAGAGAUAAAUGAUGUACCAAUUGAAAAUAAUGUAGAAAAUUCGAAGAAAACGUGGUACCGAGGAUUUUUACGUAUAACGAGACCUUUAAAGAGGUUCGCACUAUUUUUGGAAUUGCAUUUUUUGCUGUUGAGCGUAGCCGUCCUUUUAGCUGGUACAUGGUUCUUGAUACCAUAUUUUUAUCUGGUCGAUCACAUGUUGGAAAAUGGGUACAGUGAAGAGGAAUCCUCUUCGGCACUGUCGGUUAUUGGAUUCGCGAAUAUCGUUGGCAUGGUACUGUUAGGAUGGAUAGGCGACCGUUGUAAUCUAUCCAGAAUAUACGGCCUCUCAUUAAUUUUAUGCGGUCUGAGCAUUUGGGGCAUGAUCAUUUUCACCAACAGUUACAUACUCAUAAUUGGAUGCAGCGCCUCGUUCGGAUUCUUCUUCUCGAGUUGCUUCGCCCUAUCGCCAUCGCUACUAGCAGAACUUGUACCCAUAGAAAAAUUCACAACCGCUUUUGGAUUCGUCUUGUUAUGCGAAGGCGUAGGACAUCUGACUGGACCCCCUCUAGCCGGUUACAUAUCGGAUAUAUCGAAAUCGUGGUCUCAAUCUUUUUGCCAGGCGGGAUUAUGGAUGAUAGUCUCCGGUUUUAGCGUUGGAACGAUUUCUUUUACGAAAAAUAGAAAAUUUUUCCAAAAUCAUUAAAUAA